AGCUUUCUAUGAUACUCAGGUUACCCUGUGGGUGCUGAGCUAUUAUUUCCUAAGUCUGCUCAUGCAGGUGUUCCUCCCUGGCACAGAAGUCGAAGGUACCGAGCUGGCUUGUGGAGGGAGACUCAAGUACAAAUUCAACGCCUUCCUGUCGGCUGUCUUGAUCCUGUCAGGCUGUGCGGUAGGCACGUACUUGUACGGCGCUGAAUUCGUGGUAUGGACUUUCCUCUGGGAUAGCUAUCUGCAGGUGAUCACCGCGAACCUGAUCAUCUGCACUGUCAUCGCAAUCUUCGUUUACCUCAGAAGUUUCUCGGUUCCCGCUCCCGGUCAAUUGAACCCCGAGCUCCGGCAACUGGCGCCUGGCGGGCACACAGGCAACGUCCUGUAUGACUUCUUCAUUGGCCGGGAGCUUAACCCCCGGAUCAAGCUGCCCAUUCCUUUCGUAAGUGAGACGGCGCGGACGAUUGACAUCAAGGUCUGGUGUGAGAUGCGACCUGGCUUGCUUGGAUGGAUCAUCCUGAAUUUGUCGAAUAUCGCCCAUCAAUACCGCACAUACGGCUACAUCACCGAUUCGAUCGUCUUGACUACUGCGUUACAGGCCUUCUAUGUCCUUGAUGCCCUUUACAUGGAACCAGCUCUUUUGACGACCAUGGACGUCAUCAUGGACGGAUUCGGUUUCAUGCUCUCUUUUGGCGACAUGGUCUGGGUUCCGUUCCUCUACAACUUCCAAACUAGAUACCUCAGUGUCUACCCCUCUGAGCUCGGCCUGAGUGGGAUCCUCGUCGUCUUUGCCGUCACAGCCGCAGGGUAUUCGAUUUUCCGUGGUGCCAAUAACCAGAAAAACCGCUUCCGCACCGAUCCAAAGGACCCCCGCGUGAAGCACCUCAAGUAUAUCGAAACGAAGACUGGCUCCAAGCUGCUCAUUUCCGGCUGGUGGGGUUGCGCACGUCACAUCAACUACCUUGGCGACUGGAUCAUGUCUUGGUCCUACUGCCUCCCAACCGGUGUUGCAGGGUAUGCGAUUAUUGAGAGUAUUAACCCGGCUUCUGGUGAGAUGCAGAAGCAGGCUGUCCAGACGCCGGAAUCUCGCGGCUGGGGCAUGAUUUUCACGUACUUUUACAUGAUCUACUUCGGUGUCCUGCUUCUUCACCGCGAGAGACGCGAUGAGGAGAAGUGCAAGCGGAAGUAUGGUGCCGACUGGGACCGCUAUACAUCUCUGGUACGCAGCAGAAUCAUCCCGGGCAUCUACUAGUGAUGCAGCCUUCGACCUUUGAUUACUUGCCUGCCCGGCUGAGUAAGAUGGAGACGCCGCUGUCUUGGAAAUUGGACUGUCGCAUCUUGAUGUAAUACAUAAUAAUGUUUGAUAAAAGUUUGUAAUAAUGGGUCGAUGUUUUCCAAAGGGUUAUACUUUCUGCAAGGGCGUUUUGACGGACCCUGGAAGUGUAUGAAUGUCCUUUGCAUCUCAUCACCCAUAUGUUUGUUCUGUGUAUGAUACUUAUAGAAAUCAGUUCAGCGCUUGCGCUUUUUAGGAUCAACGAGAACGUCCAGUCCCCAUCGUUCAUCGCCUUCAUUAGGGAUCCAUCCUUUCAAGGCCUCCUUGGCCGCUCGAAUGGCAUCCUUCCGUGCUUUGACGGACGGCGUCA